GCUCGAAAACAUUUAUAUCGAAAUUGAGAAAAAUGUUGACGAUUUUGGAAACAUUUCAAUGUAUUCGAAUACAUAGAGUUACCGGAUAUGCUUACAAGAUUUCUAACCUUGUAGUUUUGUUUUGAAUUAAAGUCAUUAAAAAAAAUUAUAAUUAUCUGAAUAACAUUUUAACAUGUCAUGCGACUGUAAAGAGAAGAUUGAAUACAAAGAUUUGUUUGAUAUUAUGGUGGACCAGAGUUGUUAAGCCAUAUUUUCAGUGUUAUUUAAUUUAAGCAUUUUUUUCUAAAUUCGUGGAUUUCGCCGUGUCUUUUUUUGCAUAAAAUAUUAAUAGAUUUCAAUCAUGUAAAUAAAUAAAUAUUAAAUAAAAGUCUAUCAAAGGGACCAAAAGAUUAAUUUCCCAUUUUUGUAUGUUACUUUUUUCUGUAAAACAUUUUUUUUUUCUUGCUGAAUGACCCAUUCGUGGCCAAUUUGCUCUUUUAUGCCUCCACUUCAAAUUAUAGGUUCUCGCAUAAUUUAUAAAGUACAAGUACAAGACUGCCGAAUGGUUAAGAAAAAAUAAGGAUGAUGUAUUAACUCUGAAUAUGCAGCUGGCUUAGUUUUCCUUGUUGGAGAUUAUUACUCAAAUCGUUGUAGAUCAAAUGAAGUUAGAAUCAUCAAAAUCGGUUGAGCUUGUUUAAGUUGAAACAUCGUAAUCGUCUUAUUACGGAAAAAAAUAUUGGCUAAAACAAUAAUAUCCUCGACGUGUAGUGCGCAUAACUCCUUGACUCUUAAGCUAAGAGAGUAUGGGUGUUGGAGGUUGUUGCAAAAAUAUAUUUAUUGGUUUUGGUUUUAAAAAUAUCCUUUUUUUACAGUGAGUAGUUUGCAAAAAAAAGAGAAGAGAUAAAGGGUUUAUUUUCUUCUAGGAAUUGAGCAAACAUGUUUCUAUCAAAAGUUGUACAAAAUAAGUUUUUUUAAAGAGAAAAUAAGCAAAUUGUAUGGAACUAGGAGCAAUUGCUCGACCUGUCAAACAUAUUUCCCCAAAAUUGAAAAACAUAUUUAUCUAAAAAAAUCAAAGGUCGUAUAAUCUAUUGUCCUAUAUCUCAAGAUACAUUUUGUCAAAAAAUUGCUCAAAGUAUGCUUUGAUUGCCUUGGGAUGGUUUGACAUUUCAUAUUUUUUUAUGGGAUUUUUUACACAAUCCGUGCAGUGCAUUACAACAUUAAAUGGCUCAUCAACUCUAAGACACUCCCUCCCAUGCUGCCGUCCCCUACGAUGAGCAGCACAGUGGCCCUCUCGCUCGCCGUCCUUCUUCACCUGGGUCUUAAAAUUCAAGUCUUCAUGGAUCCCCCAUCCGAGUUUUGCUCCCUGUCGCUAAAUCUGCGCAGCGUCCUUUUCCUGUCCUCGGUCGUAAUGUACCUGUCCACAACCCGGAUCUUCCCCCGGCGCUACCGGAAGCUGCCCCCCGUCGCGAUGGCCGUCGUAGAGUUCUUCUUCUUUCUGCUCACGAUCGAAUUUGGGAUGGUCGUGUUUUGGUGCCGCUUUGAGGCGUUCCUGUUCAAGGUGCUAGACUGUCUGGUGGCCAGCAAGUCGUCUGUGAUUUAUGCCGACAUCAGCGGGGACAAGCUGGUCGAGCUCGUGCUGACCCUUUGCAGCAUGCUGACGUUCGCAUGUACGGCGCUCGCAACCGGGUACGUGAGCCUUGGUGCACGAGUCUACGACACGAUCGUGGAGAAACUCCAGAGAUUGACGGAGUGUGUCCGGCAAAAGCAAGAGCCCGUGCGGAUUUGUCCGGCACACAUGUGUCGUCCGGUGGGGGAGGGGGAAGAUCGGGAGGAUACAGCGCAGAGCAGUACGAUGGGGAGCAGUAGGAACAGGAGUCGGAGUAGAGCGGAUGACGAAUUUGAUGAACAGCCUGCGAGGACACUUCGAGCGCGGAACAGAACGAUCAACUACAGCGAGUUUGCCAGACGGACGAGGCGAUCCUCGUCGAGAAGGAGGAACUGAUUUUUAAAAAGAGUCAAGCAUGGAAUGGGAGAAAACCUAUGUAAUAUAUUUUUAUUAGAUUUGGAAUGCACAAUAAUAAAUUUUUAGUCUGGUACAAAUCAAUUACAAUAUUUUUUUUUAUUUCAAAAGAUUAACGGUUUCGUUUCAUUUUCUACUCAUUCUCUUAUAGCUAGCAAUAAAUAACUUCCAGAUCAAAUGUAACAGCAAAAAUAUUUCUUUUUUUUUUUUGAAAAUUGACCUGUAUUUUUUAAGGUGUAUUUCCAACAUUUCCGUUUGAUCGUGAUACAUAUCUUGUCGCACGUCGCUUUUUGACGUUUUUUUACCUUCAAUAAAGAAAAAUUAGAGCACGCAAUGUUUUCAAACACGUUUUGUUUGGCUGACCGUUUUGUGCAUUGUCCCGAAGUUUGGUUGAAUUUGGUUGUUGGAGUCCCGAGUUAAAAUUAAAAAUGUUUACAGUAGUCGGGCAAGUACGUGUGUCAAAUUGUUUCUGACUAAAUUCUCUUUGGCCAGUUGUCGCACUUGCAGCAAUUUGUAGGUUGUAUCAAAAUAGCACUAUCAUAUCGUAACUUUUUUCAUAUGAGUGACAACUUUGCACGGAGUUUUCUUUGUUUGUAUUGAAUAGCUCAGGAUUCAUAAAGAUUUUUGGGGAUCUGCGAAGGUUAAAAGGUGAGUGGCAAUUAGACGAUUUGAAAACGAUUUGAGAUUUCCAAAAACUGCUUUCGAAAGUACAAGAUUUAGUAAUAAAACUUGUAGCACCAACGUGGUCUAAACUUACGCGAAGCACCAAAGAGGUCAAAAAAGUUGGAAAUGCAAGUUCAUUCAGCUGUAUCUCGGCAAAACUCUGAUUUGGAUGAUUCUUGUUGCAUUCGAUCCGGAAAGAUGUCAAGAUUCACCUACAACAAGGAAGAUCCAAAACAGAUGAGUCUACCCUAAGUUACAAUGAAAAAGCCAUUUCCAACUUUUUUUUCUCAGCGUUCAAAGAGCCGGUGAAGUUGCAUUUCCAACUUUUUUAAUCCGGUUGGGGCUACAAGCUUUGAGGUUGAAAAAAACACUGGAAAAUAAUAGGAAAUCUUCAAAAUAAUUCGUUAAGAAUGCAUGCAGCUUUAUAUAAUUGGGCAAGCAAUUUUACAAAAAUGUUCCUUUGAUACCAAAUUUCUAUCUUUAAUAAAAAAUCAGAGUUUCAUCUUGCUUUUAUAUAAGAUUAACGAUUAUUUAAGGCUAAGUGGCAAAAUUUAUAUUAUGCAUAUUUUUAAAAGAGCUCAAAUUGAAUAUGAAAAACAAAAUUAAAAAUAAUUUAAAUGAAUUUCUGUUUAUUGCACAUCUAACUUCGUUCAAACUUUUUGAAAAUAUAUUUACUUUGCCCCUAGAUAUCCGGAAUAUUUUUAAAGAGGUUGCUUAAAAUAAAAUAAAAUAAAUUACAUCCUUUGCUUUUUUAUCCAAAUAAUGUGUUAUACGAAAAACUUGUAGAACUAUCCCAUUAAACUGUGAUUCCUCCAUGGGCAAACAAAAUGAAAAAAAUUAAUGCUGAUCAUUAAAUUCGUGCUUAAGUUUGAGCGUACGCUAAUAAAAAUGAUAACAAAUAAAUGCUAAACCUUGAUUCUUCUCUAAAAUCUAUCAAAUAUGAUAUUUUCGAUGUAAAACUAAAUUUUUU